CCACACGCGGGGAGCCUGCCCCGAGCCGACGCCGCCCGAGCAGCGGAGAGGAGCGGAAAACCCACGAGCAGACGGGUUGCCUAGUUUUGUGUAUCCAGCAUCCUCGCCAGCAUCAUGCCUCGAACCCGAUCCCAGGCACAGACUACCAUCAGUUUUCCAAAAAAGAAGUUCUCUCAGACAUUGGACAAAACUCAGAACUCUAAGAAUGCUAAACUGGUGCCGACAAAUGUCCAGGCCACACCCUGUCCUGCAGAAAUUCUGCCGCUCAGCCCCAGAAAGCGCCUGGGCGAGGACAACCUUUGCAACACACCCCACCUCGCUCCCUGUUCCCCACCAAAGCAAGGCAGGAAGGAGAACGGUCCCCCUCGAUCACGUACCCCGAAAGGACGCAGGUUGGUAUUUGACGAUCAACCUGCAGUGAAGUCGCCCGGAAAAAGCAAACAAGCCAGAGCUCAGCGGAACAGAGUGGGCUCCUCAGUCCAGAAAGGCCAAGAGAGCCCAGGCAGUCGUGAGCAGAGAUGCCUGCCCGAGACGGAGCCCACGUGUCUGAGGCUGUUCAAGCGAGCAGGUACUUGCUACCAGCAAGCGAAGCUCGUCCUGAACACAGCUGUCCCUGACCGGCUGCCUGCCAGGGAGGCAGAGAUGGCUGUCAUUGGGAGCUUCCUGCGGAAGCACAUCUGUGGGAGGAAAGCUGGAAGCCUGUACCUUUCUGGUGCUCCCGGUACUGGAAAAACUGCCUGCUUAAGCCGAACUCUGCAGGACCUCCAGAAGGAAGUGAAAGGCUUUAGGACCAUCAUGCUGAAUUGCAUGUCCUUGAGGAGCGCCCAGGCUGUCUUCCCAGCUAUCGCUCAGGAGCUUGGUCAGGAAGAAGCGGCCCGGCCAGCUGGGAAGGACAUAAUGAGAAGACUGGAAAAGCAGAUGACCUCUGAGAAAGGCCCCAUGAUUGUGUUGGUGCUGGAUGAGCUGGACCAGCUGGACAGCAAAGGACAGGAUGUGCUGUACACACUGUUCGAGUGGCCAUGGCUCAGCAAUUCUCGAUUGGUGCUGAUUGGUAUUGCCAAUACCCUGGAUCUCACAGACAGAAUCCUGCCCCGGCUGGAGGCAAGAGAGCACUGUAAGCCGCAGCUGCUGAACUUCCCGCCUUACACUCGCAGUCAGAUAGCUGCUAUCUUACAGGACCGGCUUCAUCAGGUGUCUGCAGACCACAUCCUGGACGGCGCUGCCCUUCAGUUCUGCGCACGCAAGAUCUCCGCUGUUUCCGGGGAUGUUCGGAAAGCGCUUGAUGUUUGCAGAAGAGCAAUUGAAAUUGUAGAGUCGGAUGUCAAAAGCCAGACUAUCCUCAAACCACUGUCUGAAUGUAAACCGGCCUCCGAGUCUUGGGUUCCCACACGCGUGGGUCUCGCUCACAUCGCCCGUGUGAUCUCCGAAGUGGACGGGAGCAGGGUGACUCUGGGCAGCGUGGGCGCCCAGGACUCCUUCCCUCUGCAGCAGAAGGUCUUGGUCUGCUCUUUGCUGCUCUUGACCAGGCAGCUGAAGGUCAGAGAGGUCACGCUGGGGAAGUUGUACGAAGCCUACAGUAGCGUCUGUCGCAAACAGCAGGUGGCAGCCGUGGACCAGUCCGAGUGCUUGUCACUCUCAGGGCUCUUGGAGUCCAGGGGCAUCGUAGGAUUAAAGAAAAACAAGGAAACCCGCUUCACAAAGGUGUCUUUGAAGAUCGAAGAGAAAGAAAUAGAGCAUGCUCUGAAAGACAAGGCUUUAAUUGGAAAUAUCCUAGCUACUGGAUUGCCUUAAAUUCUUCUCUGUUCCUACCUGAAAGUACUCAGCGGAGUCUUCCUUUUAAUACUUUACACUCUUGGGUCUGAAAACGAAUACGGCCUUUUUUACUUGAAGCCAAUGAAUUUUAAUCACAAGUAGUAGUGCAGAGUAAUAUCUUUAGACCUUAUUAUUUUUACCCAUAAAAAUGUAAUAGAUCCUGGGCCGGGUGUGGUAGCGCAUGCCUGUCAUCCCAGCACUCGGGAGG